AUGGCCAACCCUGACUACAGACCUCCCAAGGAGCCCUCGCAACUCGAGCACCUUGCCACACUGUACCCUUACGAUGACAGGAUCCCUUAUACUGCAUGGCUAAAGAUGGCCCACAAUACCUACAAAAAAGCCCGAGCGGAGGAAGAAGCUAAUCAUAACUACCCUGAGGCGUAUCUCUUUUACCACCGUUUUCUUGACAUGAUAUUGGUGAAGAUCCCGUCGCACCCUGAGUUCGUUGAUCGUUCCUCUUAUCAAAUUUUGCGUGACAAGUACACCAAAGUCCACCAACGUUGCCAAGCCCUCAAACCUCUAAUAGAAUCGGAAAUAGAAGAAUUCAAUUUGGCUCGCAAAUUGCGCAAGAAGAAGAUCCUUGAGCAACGACAAUUGGCAAAACAACGGAGUCAAUUGCACAGCAGCGUCCAAGAGGAAGGGGAGGAAGAGGAGGAGGAGGAAGAGCGCCCCCAACAAAAUUUUCAAGAAGAAGGAAAUUCAAAGGAGACUUAUGACGAAGAGGAGGAAUUUGAUGCCAGUCAAUUCGGCCAAGAGAGUUUCCAGCUAAGACGAAAUUUCUCCGAUCUUACAACGACCACCAGCGAUCAGCGGUCACAACCAAUCGUCAGAUACCCAUCGCUUAAUUUUGAUCAGCCUCCCCCACAGUUUGCAUUUGCAAAAACUCCUGUUGAUACCACUCCUCAAAUCAAAGAAAUAAAAGAAGGCAGCAUUGUCAAUGAUGAUGUUCAGAAUAACCAACUCGCGCAUCAACACCAAGUGCAACAGUCCUAUUCACAGGAAAAUGUAUCGAACGGUUCAACGAUCGAGCGUGCUACAAACGCCGUCAAUAAUCUUGAUGAAGAUUUUGAGUUUGAUAACGGUGAUGAAGAUCAUGACGUCGAUGAAGAAAGUAUCUUGGUACCGGAUUAUCCUACCAUCGCCAACGAACCGUCGCUCAUCAAAAUGUACAAACCUUUCCAACAGUCGCCGGAAGAACAAUCUACCCCACACCCUCUACCAGAUGGAGAGGAUGCCAUAAACUUCACCAACUCACCAAUAACUAUAUCUUCGCCGCAGCGUCCUCCAAAAGUCAAAUCUGCAGAAGAAAUCAAAUCUGCCAACAACUCGAAGAUAAGUAUUAACGAUCAGGAAUCUGCUAAUGAUGUUGAUGUUGUAGAUCAUCAAGUCGAGGCAUUUACUGAGGGUGGUAUUCCUUUAAAAACCGUAUUCAUUCCCGUGGAAAUCCAAUCGAAGUUCACUGCGAUUUCAGCAGCACAAACUGCCAAAGAUAUAGAAACUUGCGGUAUCCUUUGUGGAAAACUUGUUCAUAAUGCAUUUUACGUCACUGAUCUUGUCAUCCCUGAUCAAAAUGGUACCAGCAACACAUGUUCCACCAGCAAUGAAGAGCAGCUUCUUAGCUACGUUGAUGCCAAUGAUUUAUUCAUUUUGGGCUGGAUUCAUACUCACCCAACCCAAGCAUGUUUCUUGAGUUCCGUUGAUCUUCAUACUCAAAAUGGGUACCAACUCAUGUUACCAGAAUCCAUUGCUAUCGUAGUGGCUCCAAAUUCCAACCCUAACUUUGGCAUAUUCAGGCUUAGUGACCCAUUCGGGGUGAAUUUGAUCACUAACUGUGCUAAGAGAGGAUUCCAUCCCCAUACCGAAGAGGGUCUUUACGAUAUGUGCAGCAAAAAUAAUGGCGGUCAUGUUUCGGUCAAGCGUAAUCUACCUUUGAAAGUUACAGAUAUCAGGACCACUUAA